AUGGACCCUCGCAACGAGAAGCGAGACCUGCUGCUCCCACCGGAGACGCAAACCAUGUACGACACGGCCGUACUAUGCGGACGCUACCUCAAGAACCGCGCUGCUUCCGUCUCCAAGGCCGUCAGGUCGACCGGCGCUGUGGCAUCGCACCUUACCAGCCCCCGACGGUCGUCGUCUCCCGGCGGCCGCGCCAACCACCACACUACCACGACGCCAAAACCCUCGCGAGGGCAAUCCGCAACGGCCUAUCUCUCUGGUGUCCGCGGCAUCGCCGCCGUCAUCGUCUUCAUCUUCCACUCGACAUGGGCUUACAGCAGAAUCGUCGAGGACGGGUACGGCUGGCACGCAGAGGAAGGCGAGAACCUCCACAUCCUCCAGCUGCCCUUUGUGCGGCUCGUCCACGCCGGCCACGCCAUGGUCGGCAUCUUCUUCCUCAUCGGAGGCUACGUCAACGCCAUGAAGCCGCUUCGACUCAUGCGGGAACACCGCCAGGCCGAGCUCGCACCCGCCGUCGCCUCCAGCCUCCUCCGUCGCGGCGUCCGCCUGUGGCUUCCCGCACUGGCCGCCACGUUCACGACAGCGCUGCUCACGUACGCGGGCGUCUUUGAGCCCGCGCGGCACAACAUUGAUACCCUGGAGGGCGUGUUCAACUGGGCCGACUUUCACCCGGGUCGGCAGGACACGCUGAUGGGGACGCUGCGCGACUGGCGACAGCAGAUGAUACAGCUCAUCGACCCGUGGAAGCAGCCGUUCUGGACGCACUACGACCCGCACCUGUGGACGGUGCCGCUCGAGUUCCGCGCCUCGCUCAUCGUCUCGCUGAGUCUCUCCGCCGUCGCCUGCUGCCGCGUCGGCCCGCGCCUCGCCAUCAUGACCCUGCUGACGGUCUUUUCGCUGCGCUUUGACCGGUGGGAGGUGGUGCUGUUCAUGACAGGCGCCAUGCUCGCCGAGCUGGACCUCAUGCGCAGGGACGCGGCGGCCAAGGCGGCGAUGCCGCCGCCGAUGGCUGACUCGCUGGGCAUUGACGACGAGGAUGUCGAGGCCAAGCGCGAGGACGUGCCGCGAAGACCCCCGCGGGCGGAGCGCCGCAUGAUCCAGGGCCUGGGCAUCAUGCUCCUCGCCCUGGCCGGCAUGUACCUCAUGUCGUGUCCGCCGGCGCACCCCGAGGAGACGCCGGGCUUCAUGCUGGUCUGGGAGUGGCUGGUGCCGAGCUGGACGGGCGACGGGAAGCGCUACGUGCACGGCGCCGGCGCCGUGCUGUUCCUCGUCGCCGUGUCGAGCAGCGCGACGCUGCAGCGGCCGUUCCUGACGUCGACGGCGCAGUACCUGGGCACCAUCAGCUACUCGCUGUACAUUGUGCACGGGCCGGUGUUGCACGCGGUGGGCUACGUCGUGACGCCGUGGAUGCUGGCGCGGACGGGCGACGAGACGGACAGGGACUGGGCGACGGCGAUGGUGCUGUCGGGCGCCUUUAACUUUGCAGUGACGCUGUGCGUCGCAGAUGUGUUUUACCGCUUCGUCGAUGUCGGCAGCGUGCGGGUGGCGGCGGCGUUUCAGCGCAUGUGUUCCAUGGGUGGGUAUUAG